CUAUUUGGUUCCGAAGCCGAUAUCAACUUCAGACGGCCCGGAUGCUCACUGAAACAGCACUGAAACCCCAUCAUCAUGGCUCUCUUCACCUCCAUCUCCAAUGGCGACCGAAGAAAAAGAAGAGUACCGCAAACAUUACGUUCCCCUCGAGUCGAACCCGGAGGUCUUCACUGAGCUCAUCCAAAAUCUCGGCGUCGACGUCUUCCAGUUUCAGGAUGUCUAUUCCGUCGAGGAGCCUGAUCUAAUGGCAAUGGUGCCCCGACCUGUCUAUGCGCUUGUGCUGGUAUUCCCAACUAGCGACGCAUACGAAAAUCAAAAGAAGGCAGACGAAGCGACGCGAUCAGCGUACGCUGGGAAGGGCGAUGGGGAGGAUGUCGUCUGGUUCAGGCAGACGAUCAACAACGCCUGUGGGCUGUAUGCGAUCCUUCAUUCUGUUUGCAAUGGGGACGCGAAGAAUAUGAUUCCAUCAUCUUCAAAAUUGGCUGCGUUGCUUGACAAAGUCGUCCCGUUGGAUCCUGUCGAGCGUGCGCGCGCUCUUGAAGAUUCUAAAGAGCUCGAAGAAGCCCAUGCGCGCGCAGCGGCUCAGGGUUCGACCGCAGCACCCAAUGCCAAUGAUGAAGUUGAUUAUCAUUAUGUGGCUUUCGUCAAGUCGCACAAGAACAAUCGAUUGUACGAGAUGGAUGGUCGAAAGAAGGGUCCCGUUGACAAGGGCAUAAAGCUGAAGGGAGAUGAGGACCUAUUCAGCGAAGGUGGUCUGAGCUUGGUGAAGGAAUUCAUCAAACGGGAGCAGGACGGAAAUCCCAACUUCAGUUUGAUGGCACUCGUUCCUGCAGGAAGUCCCGUUUGAAAUAAUGCCACAGGACGUGUGUACGAUAUGACGAAGCGAAUGUCAAUGGUGAUCAAAAGCAAGUUGUUCCUUUACAUGCAAAUGAACUAAAUCCUGCAGCACCUCAAACACUCAUGUUUGCCUCUCCAUUUUCUUCGAUCUGGCAAUCC